AGCACCAUCCUUUAACCGUUUGAGGUGGACUAGUUAACGCGGCGGAUGAAUAUAUCGGGAAGUGCGGCGUUUAAUCGAAAGUAAAACGAAUAAGGAAAUAAAAGACAGACUGGGAGCUGUGGAUCUGCGUCCUGCGUCUGAAAUCUCAAAUUAUUUAAGUUUUUUUGCAUUAAAGUGGAAAUUUGCUGAGUCAUGUCAAAGGCGGCAACCCUGAAGAUUUGUAGCGCGAGCGCAGUAAAGGUGGAAAACUUCCGCCAGACUCUGUAUCAGGAGGCUGAGAACCUGUUCUCCAACCGGAUCCCUCAGAAGAUCCUCCAGCUGGACGUGCUGCUCAGGGAUGAUUCCUUCAACAUCUCAGACUCCCUCCGGGCUCAGCUGGACAUCCCCAUCCCAGAUCCUCCUUCUCCAGAGGAGGAGGAAAUGGAGACCGACAAGGACGAAGACAGCGAGAAGAAGAAGAAGAAAGCUCCAAAAUGUGGCUUCAUCAAGGGGAACGAGAAGAUCAUGACCCUGCUGGAGCGCGUGAAGCCGGAGAUCGUAGCCCUCAGAGAGACCAUCAUCAUUGUGUCCUGCUGGAUCCAGCACCUCAUUCCUAAAAUAGAAGACGGGAACGACUUUGGAGUCGCCAUCCAGGAGAAGAUUUUAGAGCGUAUCGCUGCUGUGAAGACCAAAGUUGAUGGUUUCCAGACCAACAUCAACAAGUAUUUCUCAGAGAGGGGAGACGCUGUAGCCAAAGCCUCCAAAGAGACUCACGUGAUGGACUACCGCUCACUGGUUCAUGAGAAGGAUGGAGCCAUCUUCUCGGAGCUCAGAGUGAUCAUUCUCGACAUCCGUGGGUUCUACGCGGAGCUGUACGACAUCAUCAACAAAAACCUGGAGAAGGUGACCAACCCAAAGGGGGAGGAGAAGUCCUCCAUGUACUGAGGCGGCGGAUGAGUGGAACAUUAGAUUUAGACUUUUAGGUCUUAUUACUGCUGUCGGGUGCGAACACUUUUUUCAAAAAAUUGCACUAAAUUGAACUUUUAUGAAUAAUAAACUUGUAAAUCAAACUGUG